AUGGUGGUGGCAAAUUCAAGACCUGUCAACCCGGUGGUGUUCUUUGAUGUCAGCAUUGGUGACCAGGAAGUUGAUCACAUGAAGAUCAAAGUUUUUGCAGAUGUUGUGCCUUUUAGGCAGUUCUACACAGGAGAAUUCAGAAAAGAUGGAACUCCAAGAGGAAACAAAGGGAGCACUUUCCACAGGGCCAUAAAGAAUUUCAUGAUCCAGGGUAGAGAUUUUGUUAAUGGAGAUGGUAGUGGAGUUGCCAGUAUUUACCAAGGACCAUUUGCAGAUGAAAAUUUUAAACUUAGACACUCAGCUCCAGGCCUGCUUUUCAUGGCAAACAGUGGCCCCAGUACAAAUGACCGCCAGUUCUUCAUCACCUGUUCUAAGUGUGAUUGGCUGGAUGGGAAGCAUCUUGCUGAGAAAGCAAAUUCUUCUUGA